AAGCUGAGAUCUGGCGCGGAUUUCAAAUGACAACUGUUCGUAAUAUAUUUUGCGUUGUAGCGUUUGCACGAUGGUUCACACGCGCGGUCAUCUUACAUUAAACUCUGUUACAUCCGAAAUCCUGGUUAGUAAUGAUGAUCUGUUAUCAACGACUUCGGAUUAUCCCGUCUCAUCGAAUCGUUCCCGAAAACCAUUUACAAAGAAAGAAAGCCUUGCUAUACUGAAUUAUAUUCGAGAUAAUAACUUACUAUCGUAAGUUUCCCUUAUUUGAAAGUCAUAAUAGGCAGCAGUGAGUUCUGUAAUCCUUGAAAUGUUACUAUUAUUGAAUUGCUUAGUUCUCUUGAUGUUAGAUGUAUCUCAAAUGAGCACGGAUGUGAUUCUUUCCUUAACCGUUUAUUUGUGGAUAUUUAUUUCGUAAUCUAGUCGAGCUAUGUCUACUUGAAUACCUUUUUGCAAAAUUAAUAUGAUGCCAGGAUAUUUGACUGAAAUGUUGCAAAACCAAAACACUUAAUACCAAUGCGAUAGACUGUACAGUAAUAUUGGUACAUACUAUAGGAUUCUGCGUAAAAAUUAGUUACGUUUAGAUGACCCUGAUCGACCUCGAGCUACUCAUGUUACAAAAUAUUGUUUGUUAUCACCACAACUGUGGAAUGGACGAAAUAUAAUGAUCUCCGAUUGCUUAAAAAUGCUCUAAAAUCAUUUGUUUGAUUGUUUUUGUUAGAUACGGGGUGCAUGUUAUGAUCAAGUAUGGUUCAGGCUGCAUAAAAGAGACUCCAACAAUUUCCAAAUUUACACUUAGUGGAUUGUCUGGUAUUCGCAUGGGAUGACUUCUCAUGAUUUUUCUGUCUUCAAAUUAUUGUCCUGAAAAUUCAUUUUCAUGUUCUUUGAAUUGGACACAAGUUGACAAUCAUUUAGGAUGAAUCCUAUAUAGUUUGUACGUGUUAGUACUUCCCAUGCUUGCUUAACGUUGUAUUGCUUAGUUGACUAAACAUAAUUUUUGGCUACACUUGUUUUACUAAUUCCUUGUUUAUCAAGGGUGAAGUCAAAGAACGAUUCAGAACAUACUGGUAUCAAUGAACAGUCAAUUAAGCUUUCAGUGGGAUCGUUUGUUUUCCGAAAGUCAAAAUGUUGUUGUAAAACCUUUCAGUUCUUUCUUUGGUAAAUUACUAUUAACUCAAACUUUUGUUUAUGUGUCUUAGACCCUACAACUCAUUUACUAGGCAUGCUUUAUCCUAAUGUUUGUUUAUCUUUCAGAUUGUUAAACAAACGUUCAACUUACAGUCAUUUAGAAGCUGUUAAGAUUUCAAAUCACCGUGCAGAAAGCAUACGCAGUCAUGUUCGACACGUUUUGCUUCCUAUGCUUAAAAAUCUUCCGGUUCAGGCAAAUAAAAACAUUGAUAGUAAAAUUACUACCAAAAAUGAUGAGUGUAUAAAUCUUGUUAACAAUAAUCAAACUUUGAGAAAUGGUUUUUAUCGUAUCGGACGACAGCGAUAUACUUUAAUGGAGGAUGAAGCGAUAAUGAAGUAUUUGUUGGAGAAUAACCUAUGGAGGCGGGUAAGAAGUCGCGCUUUAUGGAAAGAGAUGGCAAACGAAGGUGUAACUAGCCAUUCAUCAGAAUCAAUGCGGGCGCGCUUCCGUCACCAUUUAGUGAAUUCAGUGUAUGCCCGUUUACUGAAAUCACUCACAAAAAACGAGCAGGUUGAACUUCAUAAUAUCUUCUUUGGAGGAUCAAAGAAAUAUACCAAUCCAAUGGAGGAAAAUAAAUAUAAUGAUGCACUCAAUGAUGAUGGUGUUUGUCACUCAUCUUAUUCGAUUGAUGAAUGUAGUCUGGACUUGAAUAAGUCUAACACAAUUACGACAUGUGUGCUUUUCAGUCAAUCACAAAAGAAUCACUUAGACAAAUCAAUCAAUAAAGAGAAUUCCCCGACAACUGUUCAACGUGAUAAACUCGGGGAUGUAUUACCAGAUCCUACGAAAAGUUUUAGUCCUUCUCUUCGCGAUCAAAUAUCUGUUUGUUCGUAUGAAAGUCCUAAAAGAUUUUGUAAUAACUACCCUCGGCCACCAACAAUCGUAGCAACAAACACGAAGAAAGCAUCGGAAUCAAAUGACUUACCAAAUGCUUCAACCAGUCUAUCGUCAAUUAACGAGUCUCUGUUAGAGCUGAUACAAGGUACUCCAUCCAACGAUUCCAGUUCACCGUCGAAUUUAUCACUGAUGACAUCGGAUUCAUCACCUUCAUUUGACCCAAUGAAAUAUCCUGUAUGGGUGUCAAAGUUGAUAAACUGCACCUGUUAUAUAACAACGCCUUUACAGGCUAUAUUGCUUGUCUAUAUGACAAAUGGUUCCGUUGCAGAAGCGUACAACUUUUUGACUACCGGAAAACGUCGUCCAUCAUCAAUAACAAAUUUUAGUCCGCCUCUUUGGUUACCUGAUGAUGAUGAAUGUUUAGGUUCAACUGAUCAAAACAAGCUUGAUGAACUUGUCAGUCGUUUCGGUUGGAUAGAAAUAGUUAAACGUGUUGGUUUUUUACAAAAUAAAAACAAUAUUGAUACUUCUGAUAUCAUUAAAAAAUAGUAUUUCAAAGAUUUCCUACAUAGUUAACGUCUCCUCCAUUUCAUAAAGCAUUGUUGUUAGUAUUUUAUAAUACUGUUCGAUCUAUAUUACCGCGUGUUUAGACAAGAUUUUUUUCUGUUUAUUUUUUGUAUACGUUUUAUCUAAGAAUUUUGAUUGUUGACUUUGUUUUAACUUGUUCAGUUUAUUUAUCAUUGGUUAAACUCUUUGUAAAAAAAUAUCUUUUCAUUUAUAUGUAUGGUUGUGUUUGUUUACUAUCAAGAUGUGUAUUUUAUCCAGUUGAUCAAUCUUCAAACGAGUAAUUCAGUGGAAUGUUAAUUAUGACUUAUGAAUCACUUCAUUUCUGAUGUCAUUUAGUUGACUCGAUGGUCUGGACAUUCACGUUCUGACCAUUUGGUGGAAUUUUUAAAUCCUAUCUUAUCCAUCAUUGGUUUGAGGAAUCUGGUUAUUACCUUUAGAUCUUUUUAAUAGAUGUAACAUAUUAGAAGAUUAUAUAUUUCACCACUGAAUUGCACGAAAUUUCCACUGACAGUGAUUAGGUUUAGUUAUUAUCCAAUAAAUUGGUUUUAUCAAGGUUACCGUUUGUGUAAUUUUUCGUCAAUUGAUAAAUGGGUGGGUGUAGUUAGAGGAUUAUGGCUUCAUCUGAGGAUAGCAAUCAAACCAUAUGUAGUAUUCAUUCGGUUAAAUCAUAUAGACAUGCCAUGCCGAUGUUGUGCCCUUGUUGCAUAGUAAGCAUGAGUUAUGUUCCUAUAACUAAAGCAUCAAACAGUGCAGGUGCAUUGGAUCACUGUAAUACAUAUACUACCUAAACUAUUACUGAACUAGUAUACUUAAAACUACCUUCUAUUACAUGUUUGUUCUCUAUAUCCAAUGUUACUAUUUAUAUCAAAUUGAUCAUGCCUGUAAACUGGCGUGAAUGCUGUAAUUAUUAUUUUCAGAAUAUAUAUUAUUAUUAGAACUUUACUUCAUCAUAGUAUCGUUAGAUGAUAGGACUCUUUUGGAGGAUUAAC